AUGGGCUCCUGCGAUGCCGUAUUGGCCCGUCUCCUUCCUCACGGAGAUGGCGAUUGUCCUUCAUGGAAGGUGUUGCAGCAUGAGUGGUUCGGUCAGUUGUGGGACGGAUCGCGCCGUUGUGACUUGCUCGAUGCGGUGGGCUUCCAGAAAGCGAGGUCCGACUUGAAGGAGUUCCUGGAGAGAGCCACCCACCAUGCAGUGCAACGCCGAUGCAAGGACGAAGGGCUGAAGAUCAAACAUACAGAUAUACCGACAACCAUGGACUUGUUCCCGACGGAGCGUUCGAAGAUGGCGUCGCUUGUCUUGCAGGAGUUCGACGCGUCGCGGCCUGAGGAAACAGAGGCCAUGGUGAUCUACAACGAUCUCAAGGCCUUCGCAGACAAGGCCUGCGUGAAGAAAUACAGCCCAUCGCAACCAGAAGUGGCGACGAAUAAAGAUCAAGCUGCCGCCCAAACUAACGUCCAGAGCAAGACGGACGACACUUGGAAGCCCAUGGAGUUCUCGCAGUGGGUGCAGAAGGCUGCGGAAAGCGAGAAGACAGGAUCGAUCGAUGGUUUGACCUUGGCUGAGCGCCGCGACGUGAUGUCAGCUUUACAGAAGCGGUUUGACGAAAUGAACAAGGCCAGCUACCCCCCGUACUCCACGCUCGGCCUCAUCAUCGAUGUGCAGAUGCCCGACCGCAAGAGCGACUCCAAGGGUAGGCAGCAGAACAUCAAGCCGAAGGUCUCAGUGACGAUCGGGACCGUCUCCGACGAGGCCGCGAAGCAGAAAGACGACCUGGGUGCUGCAACCGAUAUUCCGAUUUGGGGCACUGUGAUUACGAAGGCCGUGGCAGACACGGUUACACAUGGCAUGGUAUACAGCAUAGGUGACAGCUAUGCGAACGGCCCCCCGCUCUUCUUGGACGGGACGAAACAUUGUAAUCCAUACACGACGACUUGCAAUUUGGGAUGGUUGCUGCCCGUCCACGCCCCGAAAGUGGAGACGAUACAGGUGGAUGAAAAUGUGCCCGCGCUCGAGGACGACAAGAGCGUGAAGACUGAGGACGCCCAGGCCGCGAAGCCCGAGGAAUCUGCCAUCACGAAGCAUGAGCUCGACAGCGCCCAGCCCGCGGAGCCUUCUACCAAGAGACAGCGCAAGGCGCAGCCCGUCGAGCAGCCGAAGUGCAUCGCCCAGAUCAUCAUGAAGGAGAUUUCGGUUGAGGUCAACGGCAUCAAGUACACCUACGACGCGCCGCACCUCAGGCUCGACGCUCUCGGGCCGCCCCGCGCCAAGGUGAUGAGGCAGGCGGUGGGCAGGGACCUCGAGCCGAGGGAGAAAACCGUGAGGGCCCCGAAGGAGAAGGGCCCUUCCUUCCUCCUGCUCUGAGGGGCUGAGGAGGCCUGCCC